UGAUGCCAAACAGCACCAAGGGAAUCAUGCCUGUGCCCAAGAAAGCAGGAAGAAAAAACAGUGCUGCUGCAGAAGAAAAGCUGCCGCCAUAUGAGCCAAAUAUCCCUGAACCAACCACCAGGGCUGACUUCAUGAAAUAUUGGUUCAAACUCUCUCUGGAUGAUAAAACUGCGCAGAAACUGUUGUGGAUUUCAGAGGGUGGGUCUAAAGUGGCUCGUACAUCUGAUGCAGUCUGCCCAUAUCCAAACAGGCCUGAGAGAUAUGAACACUCACCACAGGUGCUGUGUAAGGAGGGUCUGCUGGGCUAUCGAGGGUACUGGGAGGUGGACUACGACGGCUGGGUGGUGAUUGGGGUGGUCUGUGAGAGCGCACCCCGGAAGGGCCAGGACGGGCCCUGCGGCCUCGGGGAGAACAACACCUCCUGGGGCGUCGGUUGGUCUGGCUCCUGCUACCAGGUCUGGCACAACAGUGAGAACGUGGACGUCCAGCUCCCCCGGUCCUCCUCCAUGGGCGUCUACGUCGACCAGCCCGCCGGCAUCAUCAAGUUCCUCUUGGUGGAGGGAGAGGACGAGAAGGAGGUGCGGCUGAUUCACAAGUUCAAAGCCAACGUCCAGGAGAAGAUUCUCCCCGGGUUCUGGGUCGGCACAAAUUCAUACUGUCUUCUUCGGAAAAAGGAUCAGUGACAAAUUAAGAGGGUUUAACCUGCGGGGGGGGUGGGGGG